AUGGACAAUAUUGCGAAGAUCGUGGGCUUGAUUGAAAAAUGUCAGAACAGUCUGACCACCGCCCAAGCCAAAGUGGAGGCGAUCGAGAGUGGAGGCGAUCGAGAGUGGAGGCGAUCGAGAGUGGAGGCGAUCGAGAGUGGAGGCGAUCGAGAGUGGAGGCGAUCGAGAGUGGAGGCGAUCGAGAGUGGAGGCGAUCGAGAGUGGAGGCGAUCGAGAGUGGAGGCGAUCGAGAGUGGAGGCGAUCGAGAGUGGAGGCGAUCGAGAGUGGAGGCGAUCGAGAGUGGAGGCGAUCGAGAGUGGAGGCGAUCGAGAGUGGAGGCGAUCGAGAGUGGAGGCGAUCGAGAGUGGAGGCGAUCGAGAGUGGAGGCGAUCGAGAGUGGAGGCGAUCGAGAGUGGAGGCGAUCGAGAGUGGAGGCGAUCGAGAGUGGAGGCGAUCGAGAGUGGAGGCGAUCGAGAGUGGAGGCGAUCGAGAGUGGAGGCGAUCGAGAGUGGAGGCGAUCGAGAGUGGAGGCGAUCGAGAGUGGAGGCGAUCGAGAGUGGAGGCGAUCGAGAGUGGAGGCGAUCGAGAGUGGAGGCGAUCGAGAGUGGAGGCGAUCGAGAGUGGAGGCGAUCGAGAGUGGAGGCGAUCGAGAGUGGAGGCGAUCGAGAGUGGAGGCGAUCGAGAGUGGAGGCGAUCGAGAGUGGAGGCGAUCGAGAGUGGAGGCGAUCGAGAGUGGAGGCGAUCGAGAGUGGAGGCGAUCGAGAGUGGAGGCGAUCGAGAGUGGAGGCGAUCGAGAGUGGAGGCGAUCGAGAGUGGAGGCGAUCGAGAGUGGAGGCGAUCGAGAGUGGAGGCGAUCGAGAGUGGAGGCGAUCGAGAGUGGAGGCGAUCGAGAGUGGAGGCGAUCGAGAGUGGAGGCGAUCGAGAGUGGAGGCGAUCGAGAGUGGAGGCGAUCGAGAGUGGAGGCGAUCGAGAGCAUCGUGUACAUGGCUACUGAAGGCAAGUGCUCGGAUAGGAGAGAGAUAGACUAA